CAUUUGAAGUGCUAACAUUUUCUGUCACGCAAAAUCUUGUGGAUCGAUUGGGAAAAAGGCGAUCGGAAUCCUUUUAUUUCCGUGGUGUGUCGAUAGCUUGAUAUACAUUUUUCCUGAAUAUCGUUGUUUAAUUCGACCCAAUGGCAUCGCUGUUGAAGCUAUCGAGCACCCUACGGGUCUUUGGUAAGGGCCCGAAAUUAGUUCAGCGCUUGAAAUCCACCAACGCCGCUGAUUUUCGUGCUGCUUUGGUCAAUGUUCCGCCGACCGAAACUACCCAGCUGGACAGUGGACUGCGCGUGGCCAGUGAGGAUUCCGGUUCGCAAACCGCAACCGUCGGUCUUUGGAUUGAUGCUGGCUCAAGGUACGAAGAUAGCCGAAACAAUGGUGUUGCCCAUUUUCUGGAACAUAUGGCUUUCAAGGGAACUGCCAAGCGUUCCCAGACCGAUCUGGAACUGGAAGUGGAGAAUAUGGGAGCACAUCUAAAUGCCUACACCUCCCGCGAACAAACUGUGUUUUAUGCCAAGUGUUUGUCUAAGGAUGUUCCCAAAGCUGUAGAAAUACUUUCUGAUAUCAUUCAAAACUCUAAAUUGGGAGAGGCAGAAAUUGAACGGGAGCGCGGUGUUAUUUUGCGUGAAAUGCAAGAAGUCGAGAGCAACCUACAAGAAGUUGUGUUCGACCAUUUGCAUGCCACCGCUUAUCAGGGAACUCCGCUAGGCAAUACGAUUCUGGGCCCGACCAAGAACAUUCAAUCGAUUGGCAAAUCAGAUCUUCAGGCUUAUAUUGAUUCGCACUACAAAGCCCCGCGUAUCGUAUUAGCUGCUGCCGGUGGAGUGAAGCAUAAUGACCUGGUCAAAUUGGCCGAGUCCAGCUUAGGAAAAGUUGGUUCUACUUUCGAUGGAAAAGCUCCACUAUUGUCACCAUGUCGAUUUACCGGAUCAGAAGUUCGCGUUCGUGACGAUUCAUUGCCUCUUGCUCACGUUGCAAUUGCAGUAGAAGGUUGCGGAUGGACCGAUCAAGAUAAUGUUCCACUGAUGGUGGCCAAUACUUUGAUUGGUGCUUGGGACCGCUCACAGGGUGGUGGUGCCAACAAUGCUUCAAGAUUAGCUGCCGCUUCAGCACAGGACAAUCUUUGCCAUAGCUUCCAGUCGUUCAACACCUGCUACAAGGAUACCGGUUUAUGGGGAAUCUACUUCGUGUGUGAUCCUCUCAAGUGUGAGGACAUGAUGUUCAACUUGCAGAACGAGUGGAUGCGCUUGUGUACGAUGGUCACUGAAAGUGAGGUUGAUCGUGCCAAGAAUCUUCUCAAAACUAACAUGUUGCUGCAGUUGGAUGGAACGACACCAAUUUGCGAGGACAUCGGUCGCCAGAUGUUGUGCUACAACCGUCGCAUUCCGUUGCACGAACUGGAAAAGAGGAUCGACAGUGUCAAUGCACAAAACGUGCGCGAUGUUGCGAUGAAGUACAUCUUUGAUCGAUGCCCAGCUGUUGCUGCCGUUGGACCGGUCGAGAAUCUACCAGAUUACAUGCGCAUUCGUGGUUCGAUGUUCUGGGUCCGAGUCUAAAUGACACUUCAAUAGAAUAUAGUCUGCAGAUUUGGUUAAUAUGCAAUGAUGAAAGAAACCCUAGAAGAGGACGUAACGCAUAGUGCAUCAUCGGGCAAACGAUUUGGAGAGCGAAUUUUCGAAAAAGUCCUUCAAGGAAGAGACGAAUAAUUCAAUAAUUGAUGGUACAUCUAAUAAAAUAUUACGAAACAGUGA